AUGGCAAUUAUUGUCUUGUCUCGUGGAAAGUGCGGCCUCUCUAAAUGCAUCACCUGCUACCUGUUGGCCAUGGCAGCGGCGGAUACACUGGUUGUCAUUUUUGCCGUCAUCUUCAAUCGGAUCAUCGGAAUUUACUUCCCCGGGAAUAAACUGUCCAUCACUCCAAUAUGCCGCUUCAAAACGCUUCUCGUAUUUGCAACCACGGACACUUCAGUCUGGCUAACGGUUGUGUUCACAGUUGAUCGCUAUGUCGCAAUAUGUUGCCAGAAGCUGAAACAAAAAUAUUGCACUCAAAGUUCUGCCGUUGUAAUUAUUGCUACGAUGUCUACUCUCUGUUACUUGAAGAACAUUCCCUUGUAUUUUGCACUAGAGCCUCUUUACACAUUGUACAAUGUGCCGUGGUACUGUCGAUUAAGAUCAAUCUAUUAUACAUCACCGCUGUGGCAGGCAUUUUCCUAUUUCAAUCGCAUAACAACUCCUUUCCUUCCAUUUCUCAUAAUCCUGCUGUUGAACGCUCUGACAGUGAGAUACAUUAUUGUGACCAGUAAGGCUCGCAAGACAUUACGGGGAAGGAAUGGGACUGAAAAGUGUCCGGAUCCGGAGAUGCAGAAUCGGAAGAAAUCGAUUAUUUUACUCUUCAGUAUUUCAGCCAAUUUUAUCUUGUUAUGGUUGACAUUAACAAUUCACUAUUUAUAUUAUAGAAUUACAAAUACUAAAUCUUACUCGGGUUAUAAUGACCCAGUGUAUAUUCUGGAGGAAACAGGAAACAUGCUUUCGCUUCUGAGCUGUUGCACCAACACAUUUAUUUAUGCCGUUAGUCAGAAGAAGUUUAGAGAGGAGCUUAAUAAAUUGAUGCUACAGCCGAUAUAUCGGAUUGCCAUGUGA